AUGCUCCGUGCUUCGCUACAGGCCGCGGUGAGUUCGCGCAGCCAAAGAUCGCUCCACGAUUCUGCUCUGGAAUUGGCAAAUUGGCAGCAAUAUACUCCCAUGGCCACGGGCGAUGGCCCAGUGCCCCCAUCGCGUCAACAAGAAAUAGCACCAGCAUUGCAUCAGAUGUCGUUGAUACCUCAGGAGGGUUUCCAAAUUCCUUCACGGCCAGGUGGUAUAUCGGUAUCGCCCAUUGCUCGUGGCACUUACCAUCCAGGCCUCUGCACGAUGAAUCCUCUACAGACUACUGGGUUAUCGCAGUCUCUCUGUGGAUUCCUGCAGUUCCCUACAGCGCAGCCUUACGGCCAACUCCCGCUAUCGAGACUCCAAGCAGGUGCUGGACGCAUGCCUACUCGGGUGGAACCUGUUCAAACAACCGACCGUCCUCAGGCUGCCCGUUACAUUUGGCUUCCUCCUCUUUCAACAGUUUCCUAUCAGCAGACUGGCAACCAAACCAAGGAGAGUAUGGAUUAA